CUGGAGAAGGACCGGGAAAGCUGCCCACAGCUGCCCGUUUCCCCACCUUUUUCUGUCUUUUCUGCGCAACCAGGAGAAAGUGCCGCGUCCUGAGAUCAGAAGUUGUUGGAGAGGGAGAGAGUUGUUGACGGUGAAAUCAACCUCGCGUAAAGUCCAAGGACCACCAAUAAGGAGGUGAAUGGACCUCCACCGCCCCUUCAAGAUGGACAGCCCCUCCUACCUGCCGACUCCUCUGGCCUCCCCCGCCCUCAUGGUCCUCGCCUCCACCGCUGAGGCUGGCCGUGACGCCUCUGUCCCCUGCCAGGCUCCCCGGCCCUUCGGCGUCCCCGCCUCAGUGGAGAAAGACCUCCACCUGCCCUUCCCCUCCGCCUCCUACACCUUUACCUCCAUGUACCAGCGUCAGGGCCCCAUGUCGGGCACCUUCCCUUCCCGAGACUUUCCGGCCUCCUUGCUCCACCUGCACCCCCAGUUCACCCCUCCGAACCUGGACUGCUCCACCCUCAGCAUGCUCAACCACAGUGGGGUCGGUGCCUUUCGACCUUUCUCGUCCCCACAAGAGGAGAGAGAGUCGGGGGUUUACCAGUCGGCUUUCACUCCAGCUAAGAGGCUGAAGAGCUGCUUCCCUGAUGUGGAGGGGAAGGAGUUUGACUUUGGUUCUCCUGGAGGCUCCCUGAAAGGUGGAGAAGACUCAGGAAGGAAGCUUUUCUCCAUGUCCGGCCUGCUGUCUGAUGGAGAGGCUUCAUCGAGCCCGGAGGAGCGAAAGGAACACAGUAAAGUGAAGGGUCUGUAUGACGCCCAGGCCCCCGUGUGUCCAGUGUGCCAGACUGUCCUCAGACCAGGAGAGCUGCAGGAGCACAUGGAGCAGGAGCUGAACAAACUCACACAGCUACAGAUCAGCACCACCACAGUGCAGCACGACCACCUCAUGAGGACGCCGAAGUCUCUCUCGCUGUCUUUUCACAUCAAACGUGAAGGAGGUUCUCCUACCUCGCCCCCACGACCGUCUGAGGACGUCCACUCGGAUCGAUACCAGACUUUCCUCCGUGUGCGGGCCAACAGACACACCAGACUAAAUGUCGAUGACCUCUGCUGGUGCAGGUGCUACGUCAAAUCUGCCCCAUUACGUCCCCACAGCGCAGGAGCCCACCUAGACUGCACACAAGCUGUCAGGAUCGGGAAGCUGAAGAGGAGGAAACCAGAAGAUGGGCAGGAGGGUUCAGCUGACCUGAUGCCACUGGAGGACGACUGGAACGAUAAAAGGAGGAUACAGAUGACAUCUUUAGUUGGAGGCUUUAAAGCUGCAGUUCUGGUGAGCACAACUUCUAAGGAGUGCAGAGACAGUGAUGCAGACCUGGAUGUGGAUGGAGACGACACUCAGGAGUACGGCAGAGCACAAUACACAGAGACAGAUGUGAUCCCCUGCUCAGGAGAAAGCUCCAAGGAGACAACAGUCAACAGCAGUGGCAGUAUGGUGCCAGACUCCAGAGUAAACCUAGAAUUCUCCAAAUGGUCCAACGAUGGAAGCCCAUCUACCAGCAGUGCAGAGAAAAUGGACGGCAGCACAGCGGGUCUUCCCAAAACUUGCAAAAACUCUGACAUAGAGACGCUCUCGGAGGAUUCCUCGCUGACAUCCCUGGAUGCACUUAAAGCUCGGAUACGGGAUUUGGAGAAACAGUUGUCCAAAGGAGACAGAUUUAAAUGUCUCAUCUGCAUGGACACGUACACAACCCCGCUCACCUCCAUACAGUGCUGGCAUGUUCACUGUGAGGAGUGUUGGCUUCGAACACUGGGAGCAAAGAAGUUGUGUCCUCAGUGUAACACCAUCACCUCGCCUGGAGACCUGAGGCGAGUCUUCCUGUGAUGCAGCCACUCACACAAUAAUGGAGGGAGCCUCUUCUGUUUCGACCAAUCAGGGGUGGACUUGUGGGCAGCUGGCCUGUCAAAGACUCACACCUCCUCCUGCUUCUCCUCCUCACCCCUCCAUGGUUCUACCUGUUCAUCAGUGUACUCCUAACAUCUGCUAAUCCUGACAAUUUGGGGAACAGCAAGUGUGACCUUUGUCAUCCCUCCACAGCCCUGUAGGAUCCACAACAAACAUCAAGAGAGCUCAGGCACUACAAACAUAGAAAAACAGCUUUGGGAUAAUAUAUACAGAUUUGUAACCCUUUUAUUUCUGUUUCACAUGGGGAAAAAUCACUUCAAAGCACAUGUACAUAAUUUGCAUUAGUUUGGAUUGGUGUGUGUAUAUGUUGGCUAGCGAAACAACCCAACUGUAUUUACUGUUCAGGGUUAGUCUCUGUUUGGAUCAUUUUUAUUAUUCCUGAAGAUCCUAUAGUUUGGAAACAUUUACAGUCAUCUCAUCACAUUAAGACCCUUUUGUCUUUCUUAUUUCUGUG